AAGGAAAGAGACAUGGGAGCUUGGUUUGAGGUUACGUACACUGCAAUAUCAAACUUUGAAUGCAAUCAUCUAAGGUUAUCUUUUCAAAAAUUCACAAGAAUCAGACUUUCUCUAAAGGAAUGACGCCGUAAACCUUUUUCACCAAUUUCUGCCAAUACAAGCCAUCUAGUUUGUCGAUUUAGUCAAACCCACUAAAGCUAUCAUCUUUCAUUCUUCAUGGAUUCUUCAUUGCAUGAGAUUUGGCAGACUGCACCAGGCAGCCCAUUUCUUCCUACAGUGGGAAAGGGUAGCCAAUUCCUAGUCGCAUUCAUUCUUCUUCUUAUCGGCCUUUCUCUGACUGGCGCAUUCGCACUGAACCGAUCUCUCGUAAACCUUCCCAUAUUCGGUGUUCCGGCCUCGCUAGCCGUUGCGUUCGGCACGGUAUACAUGUUCUGUGCAGUUGGAGUUUACGUCUAGAAGAUACCCGAGAAGAAAACCGCGAACCUAGAAAACGCCGGCGUGUAUCAUAGAUGAAUUGAGGUUUACGAACAUAUCUCUUGGGUUCCAACUAUUAUAUA